GGUGGAUUCCAUGAAAUGAUUGCGGCGUUCCCCAGCUUUCCCGUCGUCUCUGAUGGUGCGCUGAGCAUAUUGGCAUCCGAGGCGGUGGCUUUAUGUUGGCUCAUUCUUCCUUCCUUCCUUCCUUCCUUCUUCUGUACUCAUCCUUCUUCUGGGAGAGCCAUGAAGGACUGGGCUCCCUCCAUCAUCGCCACGGCUCUGUUUGCGUUCCUGUGUCCGGGCGUCAUCCUGCAGCUGCCGGGGAAGCAUCGCCCGGUGGACUUCCUCAACAUGAAGACCAGCGUCGUCGCCAUCUUGGCUCAUGCUCUUCUCUUCGGCUUGCUCCUCUUGCUCUUCCUCGUCAUCUUGAAGGCCCAUCUCUAUAUCUGAAACCCUUUCCCUUCCCCUUGUAUCUUUCAGCUCGGAGAUCUUAGAUGGUUAUCAUCGUUGGAAUAUUCUCAAAACAGUGUUGUAUCAUCAUCUUCUUUGAAUGCUCAACACACGGACACCAUCGACCGGUAA